AUGGAGAAGACAGCGAAGAAGGCAGCGAGGAAGGCAGACAAGGGAGACAAGACAGACAAGGCACUUUGGGAUGCAUACCAUACUAGAACAUUUUGCGAGUUGUGUGCGAGGGAAGUUGAAGCAGGCAAUAGGCCGGGGGCGUUCUUGAGUCCUAGAGGAUAUAAGAAUUUGGGGGAGAGCUGGUUGCAGAUAACUAAGAAAAGUUAUGUGAGGAUGCAAUUCAAGAAUAGAUGGGAAAAUCUCAAAACUAUGUAUUGUCAAUGGAAACAAUUGCAAAUUGACGCAUCUGGACUUGGAUGGAAUGCUAAGCUAGGAACCAUUGAUGCUGAUACUGAUUGGUGGAACACUCACCUAAUGAAACACCCAGAGCAUGCAAAGUAUAGGAAUGCAGGACCACCCAACUUGGCUGAAAUGGACCUCAUGUUUGAUGACCGUCAUGUCACCGGUGCCGAGUCCGCUAUCCCCGGUGAGAUACCAUUGGACAAGGAGGAAGUCACUAUUGACGAUGACUCUGAUAGUGCAGAGGAUGAUGAUGAAGUCAUCAAAGCAAAACCAAAGAAGCAGCGCAAGACCAAGUCCUGUAAAGAUGAUUUUUCUGCUUAG